AACGUAACAUGACAAAUGACAAGCCUCUUCUGUGUGUGGUUCACCUUAUUAAAAAUUCUAGAAUUUAGGAAGCAUUUGAAAGAUGGGGUUCCUGUCUCACUCUCAUUGAAGGCAAAGGCACAGUCCACACUUGCGGGAGAAAUGAGGGCGUUGUACAAUUCCGGAGGCAACCUCAGUAAUUUACGAUUUUGCCAUUGCCCUCAAUUCCCCUCCUCGAACGCACCAUUUGUUAUUCUUCCAUCACGAAUUCCAUGCCUUUCUCUCAGAAACCCCACUACUGCACUUUCCUGCAACCAUAAUCUCUUUUCUCCUUCGGGGUCGUCGUCGAUUCAACCACUGAUGGCUUCUCCUACCUCAUCCAUUGACACUGACCAGGAUACAAAGCCACUCUCGGUGCUUUUUGUUUGCCUCGGCAACAUCUGUCGGAGCCCAGCCGCUGAAGGGGUCUUCAGACACUUGGUCAAGCAAAGGGCUUUAGAUUCCAACUUCAAAAUUGAUUCUGCAGGCACCAUUAAUUACCAUGAGGGAAAUGAAGCAGACCCAAGGAUGAGAGCAGCCUCAAAAAGGCGAGGUAUUGAGAUAACCUCUAUUUCCAGGCCAAUCCAGCCAUCUGAUUUCCGAGAUUUUGAUCUUAUCCUUGCUAUGGACAAGCGAAACAAAGAGGACAUGUUAGAGGCAUUCAAUAUAUGGAAGUCUAGAGAUAGUUUACCAGCUGAUGCAUAUAAGAAGGUUAAAUUGAUGUGCUCGUAUUGUAAAAAACAUGAUGAAACUGAAGUCCCUGAUCCUUACUAUGGCGGGCCACAAGGGUUUGAGAAGGUGUUGGAUUUGCUUGAAGAUGCUUGUGAAUCAUUGUUGGACGACAUUUUGGCAGAGCAUAAACAUUUAAAAGAAUGAUAGGACUCGGCUGUUGUUCCCUUCGGAAAAGUAGAAUGGGGACUGUCAUCCAUAGGUAUUUGCUUGAGGCCUUUACCUCCAUCGGUCUUCUGUCUGUACUUCUGCUGGCGUGUGCGUUUGUUGCAUCACUUCUUUCAACCACCAGAAUGUGUUUUCAGAAUCAGAUUAAGAUGUCACAAAUAUCCAUUCUUGAUCAGUUUUUCUCGAGCUAUAUCCUUGACGUUGCGAAUUGUGAGCAAAUUCAAUGUACUAAUCGUAUGUUAUCAGUGAAAGUUGAAACACAUGUGUUGAAGUGAUUGUUGCCUCCAUCUUCAUAUUAUGUAAUUCAUUUCUCUCAA